AUGUCUUCCUCUGAUAACACCUCUCCCACCAUCGCUGAGACCAUUCCGGUCACUAACUCAGCCCUGUUGACCGUCAACAUGACUCAUGUCUCCAAACUGACGGCUACGAACUACCUCAUGUGGAAGAUCCAGAUCCAUGCCCUCCUUGAUGGAUAUGAUCUCGCUGGUCAUAUUGAUGGGUCUGCGGUCAUUCUUCCAGCAACUCUCACAACUGGUGAGGCAGUCUCGAUGAAUCCAGCAUACACUCUCUGGAAUCGUCAAGACAAAUUGAUCUUCAGUUACCUAAUUGGAGCGAUCUCCACGCCGCUCCAACCUCUUGUUGCUCGUGCUUCCACAGCCUUUGAAGUAUGGGAAAGACUUGCCCAAACCUAUGCUAAACCUAGCAGGGGCCAUAUCAAACAACUGAAGACGCAACUCAAAAACUGGCGCAAAGGAAGUAAAACCAUUGAUGUUUUCCUUCAAGGUGUCACCACUCGCCUGGACCAACUGGCGAUACUCGGUGCCGCGAUGGAGCAUGAAGAUCAAAUAGAUCUCAUCCUCGAAGGUCUGCCUGACGACUACAAAACGGUCAUAGAUCAGGUUGAAGGCCGUGAUACUCCUCCAUCAAUCACCGAACUACAUGAGAAGCUUCUCAACCAUGAGGCUAAACUUCUCACCACUGCUGAAGCAAUGCUUCCACAGGUUCCAGUCACUGCAAACGUGGCUCAACAACGCAACAACCACCACAACAACAACUUCCGCAACAACAACAAUCACUCACGCAACAAGAACAACCAGUGGCAACAGUCAUCCUCCAACUGGCAAUCUCCUCCACCACAAACGAGGUAUGAUUCCUAUACUCCUAGACCUUACCUUGGCAAGUGCCAGAUUUGUGGUGUCCAGGGUCAUGGAGCGAAGAGGUGUCCUCAAUUUCCGCAAUAUCAGGCGCACAACAACUUCAAUAAUCAGCGUCCUGGUCCGCUUACACCCUGGCAACCUAGAGCCAAUUUCGCAGCAGGCUCGGGUUACUCUCCUGAUCACUGGUUACUUGAUAGUGGAGCGACGCAUCACAUGACGUCGGACCUCCACAAUCUCUCCUUGCAUCAACCGUAUCCUGGAGGAAAUGAUGUUUCACUCGCUGAUGGUUCCUCCAUUCCGAUUACUCACUCCAGUUUCAAAUCUCUCCCUACAAAAUAUCAUCCAUUGCGUUUACAAGAUGUUUUGUUUGUACCUGAUAUUCGUAAAAAUUUCAUAUCAGUAUAUCGGUUAUGUAAUACUAACCGUGUCUCGGUGGAAUUCUUUCCUGCAUCUUUUCAGGUGAAGGAUCUGAACACGGGAACCCCAUUACUCCAAGGUAAGACUAGAGAUGAGCUGUAUGAAUGGCCAGUGUCUCCGUCUCAAGUCUCUGCGUUGUUUGCUUCAUCAAACUCUACGGAAACCUCAACUUCUUGGCAUUUGCGCUUAGGCCAUCCUUCUACUUCCAUUCUAAACACUGUUGUUUCUCAAUUUUCUCUUCCUGUGACAAAACAACUAUCUCAAGCUUUCUCCUGUUCAGAUUGCUUAAUAAAUAAAAGUCACAAGAUUCCUUUUUCCAAAUCCACGAUUACCUCAUCUAAACCUCUUGAAUAUCUUUUCUCUGAUGUGUGGAGCUCUCCCAUUCUUUCACAUGAUAACUUCAAAUAUUAUGUCAUUUUUGUGGACCACUUUACCCGAUACACUUGGCUAUACCCUCUUAAACAAAAAUCCCAUGUCAAACAAACAUUUAUAGCCUUUAAGAGUUUGGUGGAGAAUCGUUUUCAACGCAAGAUUGGGACUCUAUUUUCUGACAAUGGAGAACGGAAGCAUCGUCAUGUCGUAGAAAUGGGAAUGACGCUGAUGUCGACAGCUUCGGUUCCGAAGCAGUAUUGGCCUUAUGCUUUUGCUGUCGCAGUCUAUCUCAUCAACCGGCUCCCGUCUCCGGUCAUUGGAUUACAGUCUCCGUUUCAGAUACUUUUUGGAGUCGCCCCCAAUUACGACAAAUUGCGUGUGUUUGGCUGUGCUUGCUAUCCCUGGUUGAGACCGUACAAUCGUCACAAAUUGGAUGACAAAUCACUUCGGUGUGCAUUCUUGGGUUACUCCAUCACACAUAGUGCGUACUAUUGCUUACACAUUCCAACCGGGCGCCUAUACACCUCCCGCCAUGUCCAAUUUGAUGAAAGCGAUUUUCCAUUCGCCUUCACUCAGGCUCCGCGAGUGACAGAUCUCGAUAGCACAGUGUCCAUGGAAGGACCAGCCCUCAUACAGCUCCCGUCUCAGAGUUCGCCGGUUGUUUUCCCGUGUUCGGACCUUCACUCCGCCUCUUCCGGGCCAUCGUUGACCGCCGCUCCUCCACAGGUAUCGCCUCUCAACGCUAUCUCUUCUUCUUCUCCCUCAAAUUCUGAGCCCACUGCUCCAAUACACAAUGGGCCGCAACCCACGGCCCAGCAACAAUCCACACAAAAUACAACUUUGACCCAAUCUCCACUAAAUCAGCCCACUUCACCACAAAACCAAAACAGCCCAAUUCUUUCUUCUCCCUCCUCAGCCUCGAACAGCUCCUCGUCGGAAUCGGAAAACUCCAACUCGACGACGGUGUCCUCCUCGACGACAUCGUCAUCCACCUCUGACGCACCACCGCCAAAUCCACAACCACCAAACCCUCCGAAUCUCAAUCCCCAAAACCAAAAUCCACAGAAUCCGCCAAACCCACAAAAUCCAAAUCCACAAAACCCAAUCCCAGAAAAUCUUCACGCCAUGGGUACUCGAUCCAAAGCUGGUAUCGUUAAACCGAAUCGUCGUUACCUGCUCUCUGCUUCAGUUACCUCUCAGUGUGAUUUUGAACCUCGUACAGCUGCUCAAGCUCUCAAAGAUGAUAAAUGGCGAAAUGCAAUGGAUGGUGAGUAUAAUGCUCAGAUUCAGCAUCGGACGUGGGAUCUCGUACCUCCUCUGUCGUCAAUGGUUACUUGUGUUGGCAGUAAGUGGAUCUUUACUAAGAAAUUUCAUUCCUCUGGUGUUCUGAAUCGCUACAAAGCACGCUUAGUAGCUCAAGGCUACAAUCAACGUCCUGGUCUUGACUACGCAGAGACUUUCAGUCCGGUCAUUAAAUCAACAACUAUCCGUGUGGUUCUGGGUGCUGCGGUUGAUGGAUCGUGGCCUCUCCGGCAACUGGAUGUCAAUAAUGUGUUUCUGCAAGGCACGUUGACAGAUGAAGUGUAUAUGAAACAGCCUCCUGGUUUCAUCGACAAAGAUCAUCCUGACUAUGUUUGCCGGUUGAAUAAAGCUAUAUACGGUCUGAAGCAAGCACCUAGGGCGUGGUACAUUGAACUGAAGAACUAUCUUCUCUCUGUCGGGUUUGUUAACUCUCUCUCCGACACAUCUCUGUUUAUCCUGCACCGAGGUACCUCUAUUAUCUAUAUGCUGGUGUAUGUGGACGAUAUCGUUGUCACGGGCAACGACUCAAGUUUAAUUCAACAAACUCUGGAUGCAUUGGCUCUGCGGUUUUCGAUCAAGGAUCCAGAGGAUUUGCAUUAUUUUCUUGGUAUUGAAGCACGUCGUACUUCCUCUGGUUUACACCUCAAUCAGCGGAAAUAA